AUGGACUUUGAAUUGGAACCGACUUUGGAGUCGAUCGUACAUCAAGAUACUUUAAAAUGGGUAUUUGUCGGUGGUAAAGGUGGUGUAGGUAAAACUACCACUUCGUCAUCUAUCGCUGUCCAGUUGGCCUUGGCUUACCCCAGUGAACAAUUCCUACUUAUCUCAACUGAUCCAGCUCACAACUUGUCUGAUGCUUUCUGUCAAAAAUUUGGCAAGGAUGCCAGGAAAGUUGAAGGAUUGUCAAAUCUUUCAUGUAUGGAGAUUGAUCCGGAGGCGGCCAUGAGCGAUUUACAAAAUCAGGCUCAACAGUACAAUAAUGACCCUAACGAUCCUUUGAAAAGUAUGAUGAAGGAUAUGACAGGAUCUAUUCCGGGCAUAGAUGAAGCAUUAUCCUUUAUGGAGGUUCUAAAGCAUAUUAAAAAUCAAAAGGUUGCCACCGACAAAGACGAUGGUGACAUGAUCUCUUAUAAGACUAUCAUCUUCGAUACAGCACCUACAGGCCAUACAUUGAGAUUUUUGCAGCUUCCUGCUACACUCGAAAAGUUGUUGUCGAAGUUCAAGGACUUAUCUGGCAAAUUGGGCCCCAUGUUAAAUAUGCUAGGCGGGGGCGCUGGCCAACAACAGGAUAUUUUCGAGAAAUUGAAUGAAGUACAAAAGAAUGUCAGUGAAGUUAACGAGCAAUUCACCAAUCCUGAUUUGACAACAUUUGUGUGUGUCUGUAUCUCGGAAUUUUUGUCGCUUUAUGAGACCGAGCGUAUGAUUCAGGAGUUGAUGAGCUACAACAUGGAUGUUAAUUCUAUAGUUGUGAACCAAUUACUCUUUGCCGAGGAAGAUGACUGCAGGAGGUGCCAAUCACGUUGGAAAAUGCAGAAGAAGUACUUAGAUCAAAUGGGCGAAUUGUAUGAGGAUUAUCACUUGGUGAAAAUGCCUUUGCUCGGUACAGAAAUUAGAGGCGUUGAGAACUUGAAGAAGUUUUCCAAGUUCUUGUUGAAGCCAUAUGAUCCAAAAGUGGAUAAUGGUCUCGUCUUUGAGCUAGAAGAAACCAAAUAG